CGCCGGGUCGCCCGAUUGAGCCGCACCACAACGUCCGCUGCUCCGUCAAUUUGCUGAUUGAACGCCGAGGGUCCGUUCCGGCCGCCAAUUGCAGAAGUGCAGCUGUCUAUCACCCAUCUGGCUCCGUCCAUCCCCCGUGCGGACCUCGCUCAAAUAUCAUCCGAACUCGACGGCAACCAUGGCAUCCGCAACAGCCUCCAUCCCCCGCUUCCUCCUCCCACAAUCCGGCCUGAUCUGGCGGCGGGCAGCCCCGACCCCGACCUCGGCCUCCGCUCCGGGCCGCAUCUUCCUCCGGCUCGCCAGCACCAAACCGAAUCCUCCCCCCGGCGGGCGAGUGCUCGCCAAGCCCGAGCGCUUCAACCCGCCCUCCCACGGCGCCCGUCUCCCCAAGAACACCCCGCCGCGCCACUACGGCGGCGACCUCAGCUAUGAGGAAGUCUCGGCGCAAGCCGUGCGGGACUACCCGGGCAUGGCACCGCCAGAACAUACGCUCGCCCACAAGUUCCUACACAACCGCUGGAUCCACGUCGUCAUCACCGUCGGCACCCUAACAACGCUCGCCAUCUUCACCUUCACGCUCUCCUUCAAAGAAACCUCCCCCUUCGCCGACAUGCUGCCCUCGACCUCGGACUUCUUACACCAGCCCUUAGCAUCAGCGCGCAUGGUCGUCGAGGUGGUGCGGCUGCACGAGGCGCACAAGACGGCGCGCAUCAACGAGAAGCGGCGGCGCAACGUCGACGACGUGGCCAAGCGCGCCGCCUACCGCAAGGCGCACGGCAUGCCGGACGAGGUGGGGCUUUUCAACCAGCCGAUGGCGCGCAUCCGGCCGGAUGCGGACGCGGGUGCGGAUGCGGGUGUGGAUGAUGCGAGCCCCGUGGCGGUGGGGAGGGGUGGGGAGGAGGCGGCGGUGCCGGUGGGGGCUGCUGCUGCUGCUGUUGCUGGGAGUAGCGAGGCUAAGAAAGAUGGGGGACACGAAGCGAGGCGGUUGACGGAGGGGGAGAGGCAGGCGGUGGUGGACAAGGCGAAGAAGGGGUGGCUGGGUAUCUUUUGA